GACCAUCACCCGCAGCGCAUCGACGUCAACCCCACCACUACACAGAACCGAUUCCCCCUCCACCUUUAAUCGCACUCUCUGUAAUCGCAAAAAUGGCACCCAAAUCAAUGAUGACAGGCCGCGGCCGCACCGUUGCCGAGCCCAGUUUCGCAUCCAGCGCUCUCCAGACAUUCACAAACAAGGAGAACAGAACGAUUGUCACUGCCGUGGGCAUGUUUGCUAUCGGUGUCACAUUUCUCCACAGCAGCUGGGCGGAAAUCCUACUCCCCGCAUAGAUGCCAAACCACAAGUUCGACAGGAAAGAGAGAGAGAGAUAGUAUAGCGCUGGAAUCGUUUACGCACCCACCUCGUCAGCCACGCCGAUCGCAUGCACGCCAGCCCACGAAACUCCACACCAUAACACAUAUACACAAAACGAACCCUUUCAACGAAACAGCAUGGGAAAGGCGUUUAGGUCACCCACAUAAACACCAAUUUAGUUGGCUUAGUUCUCGAGACGAAGUUUAGUCGCGAACCUAGUAAAAAAUGGUCUUACCCACAAUGUAACAUAUGUACAACAAACCACACACUACUACCACCACCA